AACUCGACUAGGUCCAACUUCCCGGCUCCGGCUCCGGCUCCUGCGCAGCCGGAGCCCCGCUCUAUGGCCGCAGCGGGCGGCGUGGACCCCGCGGCGCCGCAGAUUUCUGUUCAGAGACAUGCUCACUGUCCACAAGCAUUUGAAGUGAAUCGACAUUCAGGAUAAGUGAUCUGCAUCUUCAGCAGGCCUGGAACCUCUUUUGCCUGGCCAUACUUGUCCACUGAGCAUCAUCACAGGCAUCAAUGUAAAUGGAAGACAAAUCUCACAGGGCUCCCUCUUACUUCAACUAAAUUAUCAAGGGAUCUUGGCAACAGGCUGCCUGCAAUGUCUGCAAUCUCACGUUGAGCUGGAUGACACGAGAACAGUACAUAUUGGCAACACAGCAGAAUCACCUGCCCCGAACGGAGAAUCCUCAAUUUUAUCCAGUUGGAAUUUAUGGAUGGAGGAAGAGGUGCUUAUACUUUUUUGUCCUCCUGCUUCUGGUUACUGCAAUUGUUAACUUAGCCAUGACGAUAUGGAUAUUGAAAGUGAUGAAUUUCACUGUGGAUGGGAUGGGGAAUCUGAGAGUCACCAAGGAAGGAAUCCGACUUGAAGGUAUAUCUGAAUUUCUACUUCCAUUGUAUGUGAAAGAAAUCCAUUCCCGAAAGGACAGCCCGCUGGUCUUACAGUCUGACAGAAAUGUUACCCUGAAUGCCCGGAAUGCCUUGGGGCAACUCACUGGCCAGCUGACUGUAGGAGCAGAUGCUGUGGAAGCUCAGUGUAAAAAAUUUGAAGUCCGUGCAGGUGAAGGUGGGAGGGUCCUGUUUUCUGCCAAUGAAGAAGAGAUCACCAUUGGGGCUGACCGACUGAAAGUAACAGGCACAGAAGGAGCAGUAUUUGGACACUCUGUGGAAACACCUCACAUCAGAGCAGAACCUUCCCAAGACCUCAAGCUUGAGUCUCCAACUAGGUCUUUGAUCAUGGAAGCACCCAGGGGCGUCCAAGUGAGCGCAGCUGCAGGAGACUUCAAAGCCACCUGCAGGAAAGAACUUCAUUUACAAUCCACAGAGGGGGAGAUAUUUUUAAAUGCCGACACCAUUCGUCUGGGAAAUCUGCCUGUGGGCUCCUUUUCAGCUGUCCCACCAAGCUCCCCAGCACCUCAGCAGACUGUGUAUGAGCUCUGUGCCUGUCCCAAUGGCAAACUGUACCUUUCCCCAGCCGGAGUGGGCUCCACGUGUCACUCGAGCAGCAGUAUCUGUUUGUGGCACUGAUUGCCCUGAUGGCCCCUCACACCAGAAUAGCCUUCCCUUCCUGGCCGUCCGCUGCCCAGUUCUGCUCGCUUCACCUCCCAGAAGUCCAAGGCAUGCUUGUGCUCUGCAGAGAGUCUCAAGCAAAGCUACUCAGUGGGGAGCCAGCACCAAGAUUUGGGUGAUUGCUGUUGUCUUCAGCAAGAAAUCUGGAUCCUUCUGUCCCCCCGGGGUGUCUUUGCUACGUGGAGGCAAGCACAUGCUUUAAACUUUGGCAGGACCGGGAUGGAAACUGCACGUACAUGCGUGGUCUAGAGACAUUCCCUCAACACUGGGAAUGGGGAAACCCUGUAUGAUAACUAACACUACUGUCUGAAAGCACAAUUUUCCAUUCAUCUUUUUGGAUGUAAACUUUUAUCCCAUAAUUUUAAAAUAUCAAAAGCAUUAUGUAAUGCUUGCUUUACUAAACAAUUAAAUUCAAUAUAUGUUUUUUAAGAGAGAGGGGGGAUGGGAGAAAGAGAGGGAGAGAGAGAGAGAGAGAGAGAGAGAGAGAGAGAGAGAGAGAGAUUGAUUGAGGGGGAGAAUGAGAAUCUUGCCCUGAGUUUUUUCUUCCAAUCCAAUCCAAUAUGUUGUUCCUCUUUGUUCAGUAUGUCUAGAACUCUGUACAUGAUGUCAUCUUGAGUGUGGUCAGCAAUAUAAUCUAUAGUGAGUUAACAAGAUGCCACAAUGCUGUUCUCCAUCAGAUCUGAAUAGCCUUAUGGAAGCUUUACCUGACUAAUGCAUGUGAAGUGUUUGCUUUCAAUUGAACAUCGAGUUUAUCAAAACUUAGGCUCAGAGUAAGAGAAGCCUCCUGAUGGUGUGGAAAAUGGAUCAUGCUUUUAAAAUCACAUAGUUAUUUAAUCCUCAUUAACAACAAAAGAAAUGUAUGAUGCUGGGAACUAGUGAACUUCCAAUGGGAAUAGAAUCCCAAUGUUUCUUAUCUAUUCCCUUUAUAAUUAGCUAGCUGUGUAAGGUUUCCAAGUAAUCCCAUUAAGUAUCCAUUAGGUGAUGCUUUUUCAAAAAAUCAAGAAAAGAAAACAAGUGUUAACAAACAUAUGGUAUCCACAUCGAUUCCAUUGAACCAUAAACAUCAAGGAGUCCUACUCUCCCCAGCUCUCUCUCUCUCUCUCUCUCUCUCUGGAAUGCCUUUGAUGGAGCUAUUUGACUAGCCUACCACCAGAAUUCUAGCCUUUUAUCACUCUCCACUACUUAAUGACUUUAUUUAAAAUGUACAUCUUUAAAAAAAAAAAGACUCUAGAAUGUUGUCAGUUAAUUUAUCAAAACAUGCCUAACAAGAGUGUCUUGAAAAUUGCAGGAUCAUGGAAUGUAAAACAAUAUUAAAUGUUUCCUAUUUUGGAAAGGUUGUUUGUAUAACAUAAGGUAAGUUAUCUAUUUUCCAUGUCAAUCAUACUUCAGUGGCCCCUUAUGUCCUUCAUGAUCUGGGAGGUAUAACUAAGUGCCUGCCUGCUUCUCUUGGGAUGGCUACCUUGCUCACGUGGUAUGUGAAACAAAUAGAGGCAAGGCAAAGUGAUGAGGGUGGGGUGGCAUUUCUCCAAGUAUGUUCAUAAGUCAAUGACUCUGGAUUAUUAGGGAACUCUGAGGUCUUUAGGGACAAUGUGGAUCUGAACAAGAGUCCUCAAGCCAGCACCUACGACAAGUAGUCAUAUCACUUUUGUGGAAGACCUCCUU